GUAGAGAAAGAGAGAACUUCUUUAACUUGAAAGCCUAGAGUUGAAGUAAGAGGAGACUGAUUCCCUCUCUUCAAUAUAUAAUUAUUUUUAUCCUCAUCAUCUUCAAUAACUUGAGCCAUGAAUCCCCACCAAAUUGAUGGGUGAAGAUCAUUUGGGAAGGAGAAUUCUAGGGUUUGUUGCUUGUGUGCUCUUCUUCUAACAUUGAAAGAGAAAGUUGGUAAAUUUAGGAUUUGAUUAUGGAAUCAAGAACUGAUGGAGCAGAUACCGGCGAAAUCAACGCGCAGGGUGCCGUGCCAUCCACAAUCACAUCUCAUCCAUGGUGGCAUGGUCCUGGGUUUGGUGCAACGGUUAUACCAGGCAAUGCAACUAAAGCAACUAUAGAUCAAUCACAGCUUCAUGGCGAUGUGAAUGAGGGGAGAGAUGCUAGCAAAGAGGUGCAAAAGAUUAGGAAUGGAUCAGAUGCGAGCUUUGGAUCUGAACAACACAAUCUGCAGCCUGUAUCAUCGACUGUCUCACCUAUGAUGCCUGAAUAUCUUGUACCUCAUACUCAGCUGGAGAUGGGUCAAACAAUUGCUUGUCCACCAUAUUCAUAUACUGAUCCUUAUGCUGGGAUGAUGACGCCUUAUGGACCUCAAGCUCUGAUGCACCCUCAGUUACUUGGGCUGCCCCAUACUCGGAUGCCAUUGCCUCUUGAAAUGGCAGAGGAACCUGUUUAUGUAAAUGCAAAGCAAUAUCAUGGAAUUCUUAGGCGAAGGCAGUCACGUGCAAAGGCUGAACUUGAAAAGAAAGUUAUAAAAUCCAGGAAGCCAUAUCUUCAUGAAUCUCGGCACCAACACGCAAUGAGGAGAGCAAGAGGUUGCGGAGGUCGUUUCCUCAACACUAAAAAAACUGACAGUGCCCCUGAUGGAGCCAAUUCAAGUGCAUCCAAUCAACAAACACAAUCAGCUAGCUCCUCUGGCUCUGAACCUCUACCCUCUGAUUCUUCAGCAAACCCUACCUCAUCGACUCCAACAACAACUCAGACGCAGAGCUUUUACGAACCUCAACAACACUCGGGAUAUCAAUUGUCAUCGUUUCGGUCGAGUCAGGGUGAAAGAAUGCCCCCAAAUAGAGCCGUUGCCAUUAAGUGAAGGAUGGCUGGGGUUUUUUCUCCCGAGUUUUGCCCUGCUAGUUUCAUGUUAUAAUUCUUGCAGGAGAGCAAGCUGGAGAUAUGAGAUAUGAGUAUGAAGGCAAUUCAUUCUUGGCUCUUGUUUUCCUUUUUCUGAAAAGAAAUAUGUUCAUCCCUGUCAGAAAGUGUUUUUACUGUGAAAAGGAGAAUUAAGUAAAUGUAACAGGAGAUGGGAUUUCAAUUGUUUACUUCUCAGACUUCACUGCUGCUUUAGUAACUGAAAGAGUUAUGAACAUGAUCUUAGCCAAUGAUGCUUAUGCAGUUGUUAAUGUUUUUA